CCGGGACCCGUUCCGAGAGGCAGCUGCGUUCCCCCAGAGCGAUGGCGCGCACGAAGCAGACGGCGCGUAAGUCGACGGGCGGGAAGGCGCCCCGCAAGCAGCUGGCCACCAAGGCGGCCCGCAAGAGCGCGCCGGCCACGGGCGGCGUGAAGAAGCCGCACCGGUACCGGCCCGGCACGGUGGCGCUGCGCGAGAUCCGGCGCUACCAGAAGUCGACGGAGCUGCUCAUCCGCAAGCUGCCCUUCCAGCGGCUGGUGCGCGAGAUCGCGCAGGACUUCAAGACCGACCUGCGCUUCCAGAGCUCGGCCGUCAUGGCGCUGCAGGAGGCGAGCGAGGCCUACCUGGUCGGGCUCUUCGAGGACACCAACCUCUGCGCCAUCCACGCCAAGCGCGUCACCAUCAUGCCCAAGGACAUCCAGCUGGCCCGGCGCAUCCGCGGCGAGCGCGCCUGAGGCUCCUCCCGGAGGCCCCCCCUCCGUGAUCCUUCGUCCCCGCACCCUAAAGGCUCUUUUAAGAGCCACCACGUUGCACAAGAGAGCUGUGACACAGUUUUUUUUUCAUACUUGGAUACAAAACUAAAUCAUCCUGGAGUUCCUGUAAGGUAGUUAAGUUUUCCGAACUAUUUUAUAAGUAUUCAAGCUCUUAGCAUUUGGUUGUUUUCUAUCCCCAGCUCUGCUCAGCUGAUUUCUCUGGACGCUGCUGUUAAGAGAUCUUUAAUCAUACUGCAAUUCUAGUUAGGACAUGUUCAUAACCUUUCAGAAACAGUCUCAAACUACUCGAUUUUUUUGAGCAGAUUAUUUCAUGCUGUUAAAGUGAAGGGGCCUGGGAAUAUUGGCAAUACAGAAAAUAAGUGCACAAAUCAGAAUAAAAGGAGUGCUCAAA